UUUUCGGACAUAUUCGUUGUCGUUUUAAAAAUGGCUGCAAUUCAAUGUGAAACAAAAGAUGACCCUCCUUCGGAAUUAUCAAAAUCGCCUGUGUUUUCAAAUGAAACUGUUAAAAAUAUCAAAGAACAUGAAAAUAGUGGAAUUCCUUUACAAACACCAUGGACAUUUUGGCUUGAUAAGGCUAUUUCUGGAACUACUACCGAGGAGUAUAAAGCUAAUUUGAAAAAGAUUUACACUGUAAAUACUGUACAAAGUUUUUGGGCUGUUUUUAAUAAUAUUCCAAAUCCUUCUGAAAUACAGAUUAGAUAUAGUUAUCAUUUGAUGAGGGAAGAGAGAUAUCCACUUUGGGAGGAACCAAUUAAUCAAAGGGGUGGUACUUGGAGGCUAAAAUGUCACAAAAGCGAAACAUCUAUAGUUUGGAAAGAGGUCGUACUUGCAGCCAUUGGGGAACAAUUUUCUGAAAAUUUAGCUGAAGGUGACGAAGUUUGUGGCGUUACUGUAUCUAUUCGUGAAAGGGACGAUUUGGUUCAGAUUUGGAAUGAAAAUGCCGCCUUAGCGUCAAAAGCCACAAUUCUUGAUAAAAUUCAUAAACUUUUACCAGAAAUCGAAUUUGCUGCGGAAUUUUAUAAACCACAUCAGUCGCAUCACGCGUACGGAAGGCAUUGAUUUUUAUUCUUAAAUUUACAAUUAUUUGUUUUUAUAAAUUGACACAAUGUAAGUGAAAUAUACACUGUAAUGAGAUUUUUUGACACAAGAAAGAAUUUUUUUUUGGACUUUUUCACCUUUAAGAUUUAAAAAUCCACGACUAAAAUAUGUUUUAAGAUUUUAUAUAGUUAUUAACAACAGAAAAUAUAUUGUAUUCUUAACAAAAAAUUUGAAAUAUAUUUUUUUAUUUCAUAUCAAAAGACAA